AUGGGUAUCAAGCCAGCUAACGAGCCGGGCAAGGCCUGGCCCGCCAUCCUCAUCGGCUUCUUCGUCGCCUUCGGUGGUCUCCUGUUCGGAUAUGACACGGGUACCAUCAAUGGCAUCCUUGAGAUGUCCUACUGGCAACGCCUCUUCAGCACCGGCUACGUGAACACUGCUGGCAACCCCGAUGUCUCUCCCUCUCAAGAGUCCGCCAUCGUCUCCAUCCUCUCCGCCGGUACCUUCUUCGGCGCUCUCGCUUCCCCCUUUUUGGCCGACACUAUCGGACGUCGCAUGGGUCUUGCUGCUUCUACCUGGGUUUUCAACCUCGGUGUCGUUCUUCAGACCAUUGCCGUCGACAUCCCCGUCUUCCUUGCUGGCCGUUUCUUCGCUGGUUUCGGCGUUGGCUUGAUCUCCGCUCUGGUUCCCCUUUACCAGUCCGAGACUGCGCCCAAGUGGAUUCGUGGUGCCAUUGUCGGCGCCUACCAGUGGGCCAUCACCAUCGGCCUGCUCCUGGCCGCAAUUGUAAACAAUGCUACCCACAACCGCCAGGACACCGGUUCCUACCGUAUCCCCAUUGCCGUCCAGUUCGCCUGGUCCAUCAUUCUCUUCGUCGGCAUGCUUCUUUUGCCUGAGACACCUCGCUUCCUCAUCAGACGUGGCCGCAUGGACCGCGCCGCCAACGCGCUGUCUAGACUUCGCCGCCUUCCCGAGACCGACCCUGCUAUUGCCGAUGAGCUCGCCGAGAUCAAGGCCAAUCACGACUUCGAGAGCAGCAUCGGCUCCGCCAGCUACCUUGACUGCUUCAGGCCCCCUGUCCUGAAGCGCCAGUUCACCGGCAUGGCCCUCCAGGCGCUCCAGCAGCUCACCGGUAUCAACUUCAUCUUCUACUACGGCACUCAGUACUUCCAGAACUCUGGCUUCUCUAACGGUUUCGUCAUUGGCAUGAUCACCUCGUCCAUCAACGUCGUCUCGACCCUCCCGGGCAUGUACGCCGUCGACCGCUGGGGUCGUCGCCCCCUGCUUCUGUGGGGUGCCGUCGGCAUGUGUAUCUCGCAGUUCCUUGUUGCUAUGCUGGGAACCUUGACCACCAGCCAGGACGCGAGCGGCAACAUCAUCGUUCUCAACCUGCCCGCCCAGAAGGCUGCCAUCGCCUUUGUGUGCAUUUACAUCUUCUUCUUCGCCUCAACCUGGGGUCCCCUCGCUUGGGUCGUCAACGGUGAGAUCUUCGGACUCAAGACCCGUGCCAAGUCGCUUUCCCUGUCUACAGCCACCAACUGGCUCCUCAACUGGGCUAUUGCCUACGCAACCCCCUACCUGGUCAACUACGGCGAGGGCUACGCCAACCUGCAGUCCAAGAUUUUCUUCGUCUGGUUCGCCGCAUGCUUCCUCUGCAUCGCCUUUGUCUGGUUUUUCAUCUACGAGACCAAGGGUCUUACCCUUGAAGAGGUCGAGGAGCUGUACAAUGAGGUCAGCGUUGCCAGCAAGUCUGUCGGCUGGCGCCCGUCCACCACCUUCCGGGAACGCACCGGCGCCGAUGGCGACAAGGCGGUACCCAGCGGCGAGGGCGACAUUGCUCACCACGAGAAGACCGUUUCCGCCUGA